AGGCAACCCUUCCUCUCUCCCUUUCCCAGGCAAUCCAUACCCAAUUCAAAAUCUGAAUAGGCGAUACAGUUACGCUCUCACUCCAUACCCAAACCAAUCACAUAUAUAUCACAUCUUUUUACUCUGCAAAAAUGACUCAAGGCUGGGAACCAGGUUGUCAGUACGCCAUCGGCGACGUCGUCGAAUACAAAGGUCAUCAUUACAAGAUCAUUCAGGCUCACCGAUCUCAGUCCGACUGGGCGCCCGACGUUGUCCCUGCUCUCUGGGGACGCAUCCCCGACGGUGAGCACCACCAGGAGCACCGCAACGAUUCUCAAUGUGGCCAGCAGAAGCCUCAGCAAGCUCCUGUUCAACAACCCCAGCAACCCCAGCAACCUGUCGUCCAGCAGCCCCAACAACCUGCUGUUCAACCGCCACAAGUUGUUGGUUACGGCGCUGCCAACGAACAAUACCACCAGCAGCAACAGCAGUACAACCAACAGCCCCAGCAACAACAAAAUGCUCAAGGCGGAACUAACAUCCAAGUCGUGCCCGCCAACUCCAACGAUCCUCGCAAGCAGUCCCAAGACGGUUUUAACAUCGGAGGCCUGCACAUCUCCGAUGAUGAGCUCAAGAUCGGAGGCGGGAUCCUUGGCACCGCAGCAGCGAUCGGAGUCGGCGCCUUUGCAUGGGACAAGUACAACGACGCCAAGGAGGGCAAAGCCGAACAGAACUGGGGCGCAUCCAACUUCGAGGCCGACGCUAUCCGCCGUCAGGGUCAAUACCUUGAGGCCGUCAAGAACAACUCCCCACUUCCUCCCGUCAACUGGGUGCUCACUGAUGGGGCGAACAUCCCUCAGGGUGCGCUGCAGGGUGGACAGGAGGCCGACGGAACUCCGUUGUACAUCGCUCGUGCGUUCCACGAGAACUCGGUGCAGAUUGGAAAGGCGUCGCGAACGCUCAAGGACGGUGCGCACAUUUCCUACGGCGGCAAGGAAAUUGCGAUCCCCAAGUAUGAGAUUCUCGUCGGCAUCGAGAACGCCGUCCGCUGGGUUGAUGGCGAAGGCGACCUGAAGAACAAUGGACAGUACAGGCUCGUCGAGGGCGGUCACGAAUCCAAUGGGACGCCUCUUUACGUCGCUCAAGUGCACUACAAGGGAAGCGUGCAGCCUGGCAAGGUCGGCGAGAACCUCGGGGCAUGCUUCUUCGCAUACGAUAAUGAUGAGAAGAAGGACAAGCACUACCGAUUCCUUACGUACGCUUAAGUGACCCCUUAACUCGAGGAGGGCUUUUGUAAAUAACCCGUUGGAGGAUGUUCCCCAAACACAUUUGUAAAUCUUACAUGAACAUCCACGCACAUUUGUAAAUCUUACAUUUCAUGUAUCAUACCAUGAAGAAUAUCAUCCGUCCUACUUGCAAUACAUUCCCAUUUCUGCGUGGAUUCUUUCGAUACUGUU